GGUCGACGACGUGUUUUCACAGCCACACCGUCAAGAGCCUCUUGUUGUUUCCUCUUCGUCUGAACGGAUUAAACAAGAAGACUUCAGUGCAUCUUAGGGAACACUAUGGAGAGCGUGGCAAUUUCAGGCAGAAACCACACUAAUAAAAGGGGAAACAAAGAAAACACUCUGCCAACACAUGGGACUAAGUCUCUCACCAAAGGAGGGAAAGCCUCUGUCGUCUCGCUCCAACCCAGAGGGGACCAAAAAGAGACCGCAACUAAAAAACAUCUAACGGUGAGGUCUAAAGUAGUGGACUCGAAGCAAGUGUUGAGGGAAGCUCAGAAAAAGGUGCAGAUCGGUGGGAAUGCAGCUGCUGCAGAUGUUCAGCGAUCAUCAAACGGCCAGGAACAAGCCUCAAAGCCACCGGCUGCUGCGUUGUCAUCAAAAUCUGCCCCUGGAAUGUACAAAGGUCGGGUUGUUCAGUCCAAAAUUGGGUCCAUUUGGAAAUCAAGCAGUGCUGUUGGCACCGCAGAGCCGAAACCGUUGGCACCCAGAUCAGAGAGCCAAAGGGUUGGAGUUAUGGCUAAAAACCACAGAUCACUAUCUGUUGCUGGACACAGCGUACACAGGCCUGCACCGAUGAGGUCCAAAUCAGUCUCUGAUAAACCUGCUCAGGUGACCAAAGCUGGUGCCGGUAACAGUUGUCCAGCUGGACCUCCUACCAGAACCGUCUCAGCAACUGCAGCCUCUGCCAGACCAAAGACCACAACUGCAGCUCCUAAUAAGUCCAGGAGGGAAGAAAACACAAAGGUGAAUAAACCCGCGGCCUCGAGCACCCGCCGCCAGUACAGAUUCACCGUGGAGACCGCAGAGGAGAAACGAGCAAAACUGGCAGAGUGGCUGGCCUCCAAGGGCAAGACUCUCAAAAGACCAGCCAUGACGACCGCAGCGUUUUCAAACAAGCUUCCUGUGAAAGUCAAGGUUGAAGGUCAGCCCCAUGUUGAGCCUCUGCUUGCUGCUGAAGCUGACCCCCGCCUGCAGCUAGAUGUUGCUGCUUGUUCUGAAGUCCAAGAAGAAGCUUCAGCACACAGUCAAACCCCAGAGGUCAUAAACACCACGCUGGACCUGCUCGAAAGCUCUGAUGUAGAUCUGUCUACCGACUCUCAAGAACCAGUGGAUGAUAUUGUCUUGAACCUUUGCGAUGCCUUGGAGUCCCUGGUGACACCGUCCAGAUGCAGUGAUGGUGAGUACCAAUGGCUGCUGGAAGUCCAGGAGUGUGGUGGUGAUGAUGCAGAAGACAAACCAGAGGAGUGUGUGAAGGAGAAAAACGAAAGGAUUAAGGCCGAGGAAGUAAAGACGGACGAGGAGAAGCAGGAAGUGGAGGAGGAAGUGGACGGUGGUGACGAUGUGAAGACUCCAGAACUGAAAGAAGCGUCCGUCAUUAAAUACAGCGUGAAGACCACUCCAUACUUACAGAGUGUCAGGAAAACGAUCGAGGACGAGGUCAACGUGAGCGCAUCGAAGAAAAAGAGCAACAUCAAAGACCUGCGGUUUCUGACCCCGGUGCGUCGUUCCUGUCGCAUCCAGCGCCAGUCGUCCUGCCUGCCGCCGAUGCUCGUCGAUCACGACCCCUGCGUGUCGUCGCUGGCUGAACUGGUGCAGCUGGACGACGACGCAAACGCGUACAUUUACAGGAAAAACCCCGCGCUCCUGCAGGAGCUGCCUGACCAGGACUGACGUCGGCUCUGCUCAAACAUGAGGCCUUGAAGAGACU